UAAAUAAAGAGCAUAGACGCUUCUGGAAUUAUAAAUCGAACGACCACCGAAGAAGUCAAGCCCUAACCUUUGGGAAGAGAUUGCCCAGAGCCCUUCUCCUCCUCCGUCUCUUUCCCUCGGCAUCGAAUCUCUUCUGACGCUGACUUCGAAUCUGAGUUUUGCGUUUGAUUGUGCUGGAAGAAAGAUUCUUUGUUGUGGGACUGUUCCUGUUUCUGCACAUAAGAUGUACUUCCGGUCAUCAUCAUACCAAAAUGCAGGAAUUGAGCUGGUUUUUUUAUCUUCUAAAUGGACUGCAAGAAGUUCAUGCAAUUGGUUGAGGAGAAAAAGAAGAGAGCUCUCGAGAAAAAAGAAGCUCCCUUGAAAUGGGAACAAAAGCUAGAAGCUGCUGCCAAGGCGAAGGCUGAUGCUGAGGCCAAGAGGAAGCUAAAGGCUCGAAAGCACAGGAAACGGUCUGAUUCAGGUUCCGAAAAUGACACUGAUGAUGAUAGCAGCAAUGAUGGGAGGAAAAAGAAGAGCAGAAGAACUCGUACCAAGAAUGGCUUAAAAAGGAAGGAUAGGAAAUCCAAGCGCAGAUCAAAGAGACGGUCAUCAAGCUCAAGUGAUGAAUAUGAGAGUGACUCUGAGGAGGACCAUAGGAGGAGGAAAAACCACAAGAGGCGCAGGCAUCAAGAUUCGGGCUCUGAUUCUAGCAGCUCAGAUUCGAGUAGUGAUGAUGAGGAAGCUAGGAGGAGAAGACGCUCGAGGCAUCACAAGCGGCAUAGAAGAUCUGAAUCGAGUUCUUCGGAGUCUUCAAGUGAGGAGGAAGGUGAGAUCCGAAGGAAUGGUCAUGCCAAGCACCAUAGAGGGCACAGACGUUCUCGUUCCCAUAGUGUGGAAUCAGGUUCUGAUGACUCCAGGUGCGAUAGGAGGAGCCAUCAUCACUGCCACAACCAUAACCAUAAGCACCGUCAUCAUCGCAGUGAUAAAGAUGAGAGGGCUGGCUCUGAGCCUCUUGUGGAGGCAAAUGGGAAGCAGCCGGACCAUGAGGAUGAAGCUCCAUCGACCAAUGUUGGUAAUGUUGAUGGGGAUAGGAACGAGUAGAGUGGGGGAUAGUGAUAAGAGUAGCUCAAACUUGUGCUUUUCUAGAACUUUUGCUGGAGAAAUUCGGAACUCAGGACCUUUUGCUUUGUGUAUUCUCACUAUUGUCAUGUCUAUCUCAGUUUUCUUUGAUUGCUCGGGUUUAUCAAUUGAAGCUCGAGUUGGAUCAUGAUUUCAUUUGUCAACUGUGGUUUCAUCUGAUGCUUAAGUGUUGUUUAGACUAGUCGGAAUAGGUCAUUCCUGUGAUAUGUGAUGAUCGUGAACUUUUUAUUCUUGUAUAACAUCAUUGACUGGUAAAAACUGUUUGGUUGCUUAUGACUGCAUCCAACUACUGAAA